AUCUGAAAAAUGGUCAAUUUUCAGGAAACCGAGAUACAUUAUCUCGCAUUCACUCCCAGCCACGGCUCUCUUUGUGUCUCUCUCUCUCACACACACACACACUAACCCCCAAUUAUCUCCGAGCAUUGCACUUUGGCAUCUGGACGGUCAGAGCAACACAUGUGGGCUCAUAUAUAUAAGAUAGGCCAAAGGCAGUUCACCUGCUAGCCGACCUGACACACUUUCCACCGAGGAGAGACAAUCCAGCAGCCAUCAUGCACAAACUGAUCACCAUCACUGUCCUCAUCGCAGUCCUCGCCCUGGGAGCGGAGAGCUUCCGUGUGCCCAGACAGGUCGAGGGCGAGGGCGAGGACGAGGAAAAGGGAACGGUUGCCACUGUGCUUGACACCCUGAAGUCCUAUUAUGACCAGGGCCUGAAUACUGCCAGUGGAUACAUAGAGAACAUCAAGGAACUCAAGCUGGAAGAGAAAGCCAAGAGCCUGCUUGAUGAGACAACCCAGGCUGUGCGCACCUAUUUUGGCAUCGUCCAGGAUCAGCUGUAUCACAUAGUUUACACCCAGGAGAGCCAUUAAGUCCCAGCUCAUUAAUGUCUCACCCUUUCCAACUCUGGUCCUCAGUCAACCAUGCUGGAGCCCUUUACUAUCUCACCUGAAGCACCUACGAGGAGCUGAGCAAGUCUGGGCUAAAGCAGUCCAUUUGAACUUCUGUUUUCUAGCUGCUCAGAUCCAGAAUGCACUCUGCCCUUCACCGUGGGUUAACCUGGACCUCGCCUUCCAAGAUGAACUCUGAAAACUCGAACCACACCCCCAAUACACAGCGCCUUAGUAAAGGAGUAAUUGUGCUGUAAACAGUAAGAACAAUAAGACUACCAGCACUAUGAAGCAGCUUGCCUUUAAGGUUACAUCUUGACCAGAGGCAGCUGCUUUAGAGGUGAUCUGGUGCCCUUUUGCUUCAUGGAAGAUGAGCGCAUUAUCAUUUGUCUCGAAGAACCUGCAAUAGAUUCUUGUAUUAUCGCCAUUUUGGUAAUGUCACUUCAACAAUGCAAUGAACGAACGUAAUGCAAUAAAGCCAAACAUUUGUAGAAAGAAGAGAGUCACCUUUGUUCACAAAUACUUCGAUACACAUCACUAUAUUCCAUUUUUCUGAGGUUUGAUAAGCUGGAUGAGACAAAAAAUAUAUAAAAUAUAAAAAAAUUGGCAGAAA